AGUACAGGGCAGCAUUGGGAAGUUUAUAAAUUUGCUUCUAAUAAAAAGGUAGCAACUUUCGCGUACGCUCUUGUCCGGAUCAUAUAUAGUAACAAUCAUGUGAUUGUUGGGGCAAAAUUAAGAUAAUAUUGAUGCAUAAAUUGAUAUUCUACGGAAUUUCAAUUGUCCUGUUACAAUUUUCCACUAGAUCUUGUAGCACACAUUUUUGGCGCAUACUGUCCGGAGUCUCAGUCGUCUUUCUUUAUAAUAAUUCUUCCAAGCUGUCGGAAAAAUGGGAGAUGAAAUUGAUUUACAAGUGGAUGACUGUCCGUGCUGUCAACAAACGGGAGCAGAAAUCCCCGAGGAAAAUUCACAAAAACUUGUGCUACAGAUAGAUAUGCCUAUUCCUUUCCAUCAACAUCAUGUUCUUCAGCGAAAGUUUUCUCCGCUAUCUCUGACACUUUUUGAAAAAGAAGAGCCCACAGAAAAUCCAAAAUGGUCCGGAAAACUUGACUUUCUCGCUAGCUGCAUUGGAUAUUCGGUCGGCCUAGGGAACAUGUGGCGUUUCCCAUAUCUGGCCUACAAAAACGGAGGAGCAAUAUUUUUUAUACCGUACUUAAUAAUGCUCGUAUUUGUUGGAUGGCCGCUGUUUUUUCUGGAAAUGUCUUUUGGGCAGUAUUCUGGACGGACUUCUAUUGCUAUUUGGAGCGCAUGCCCCAUAUUUGAAGGUAUUGGAUAUGCCAUGGUUAUAGCGUCGUUAUUGAUAACUCUGUAUUACAACGUUCUCAUUGGAUGGGGAAUAUUUUUUCUAUUCGAUUCCUUUCGCUCGGAAGUUCCUUUUCAGUUUUGCAAUUCAACUUGGAACACAGAGCAUUGCUACCGGAAAGAAGAUGACGAUGCUUGCACGGGGGAAAAUUCAACUAACCUAUUCUAUAAUCAAACUUGCUUCAACGAAACGGAAGCACUGUUUCACAAUGUCACCCAAGAGCUCAUUAACCAAAUACACCGCGUAUUGCCAUCCGAAGAGUAUUUCAAGUAUAAUGUGCUAGGUUUAAGUGAUGGCAUAAGCUGUUGGGGUGAACUGCGCUGGGAAAACGCAGUCUGUCUGGGGGCAUCCUGGACUCUGAUGGUUAUCUGCCUUUUUAAAGGAAUUAAAACAUCUGGAAAGAUUGUAUACUUUACCGCAACAUUUCCAUAUUUGGUUCUCUUAGCAUUUUUAAUCCGAGGAUUGAUGUUAGAAGGAGCGCUCAACGGCAUAAAAUACUAUUUGAUCCCCGAUUUUAAACGCUUAGCAGAUCCAAACGUCUGGAUUGACGCUGCUGGACAGGCUUUGUUUUCACUUGGUAUCGCAUUUGGGGGCUUGAUGUCGCUGUCCAGUUACAACCGUUUCCACAAUAACGCCCUACGAGAUGCCGUGACGAUAUUUUUCGCUGAUACAUUUACAAGUUUUCUUUCCGGAUGCGCAAUUUUCGCAAUUCUUGGCUUCUUAGCACACGAAACUAAACAGUCAAUAACAGAUGUCAUCCAAGCAGGAUCGGGGUUAGCCUUUGUGGCUUAUCCAGAGGUUAUAGUCAAAAUGCCACUACCGGCUUUCUGGUCUGUACUGUUCUUCUUCAUGCUCGUUACUUUGGGGACCGAUUCCGUGAUCGCUAUUCUGGAAACGGUUUCCAUCACCCUUUCGGAUAGGUUUCCGGUUUUGCGCACAAAUAAACGGUAUUUUCUGCUCGGAUGCAGUCUCCUUUUAUUCCUUCUGGCAUUACCGCUGUGUACAGACGCUGGAUUGUACUGGUUUACGAUACUAAAUGAUUAUGCCGCAAGUUGGACAGUACUCUGGAUAGCCUUAGUGGAAGAUAUCGCUGUAAUAUUUGUGUAUGGAAUUAACAGAUUCUGCAGUGACAUCGAAUCUAUGAUCGGGCCGAAUCCCUGGAGGAAAGUCACAGCCUACUGGAAAAUCUGCUGGUUGAUAUCCAUUCCUGGCCUGAUAACGGGAGUAAUGGUUUUCUACUGGGCGAGCUACAGUCGCACGCCGUUUGAACCAGCCUUUCCUUUGUGGGCGGAAAUUGUCGGCUGGGUGUUUGCCUUAUUAACCAUUGCCGUUAUCCCGGCGGUCAUCUUAUACAGCAUCUUCACAAAAAACCGACAUCUAAGGAUCUUCGAACGCAUAACGAUUUUGAGCUGGCCCACAGCAGACUGGAAGCCUGCUAUUGCCGGUGGACUGUCUACAGCUUCUGAUCAAUCCACGACACAGGAAUCAGUAGAAACCAUAGAACUAACUAUUACAUCGUCAAUACGAGAUGGUUAUUUAGAAAAUUCUGUUCAAAACGUACAAGUUACAGAGCAUCUGUAAAACAAAACGAUAUGUUUUAACGAUAUGUUUUAACAAGUAAUAAUCUGCCAUAACACAACAGCAGAAUGGGCUAUCACAACAAAAAAGGGAGCUAAAUUCAAAGUCCUUGCACAAGCUGUUCGUUUAUAAUAAUUUAUUCAUCAUCAUCAUCAGAAGCCACAGCCUCUUCUUUGCUCUUUUCUUGCCGCGCCGCUU